UCAUGGAAGAAUUUGGGGUGUGUCGUUCCGCGGCGUCCUGGCCAGACACACUCAUCGAUGCAACCAGCGAAAUGGCCGGUAUUGGCAUUGGGCUGGUAUUCAGCUCGCUGCAGGUGUUCCUUAGCCAGAACUUCAGCAAGUACCGUGGCACAGCUCAUGGCAUCAUGUACGCUGGUGCAGCAGCCUCGGCCAUGGUGUUCCCCUACAUGCUCGAGUACACUACGCACAUAUUCGGAUUACGCCUGUGCCUCGUCAUCUUUGGUCUCAUCCUGGUCAACCUGACUGUCAUCACCCUGCUUCUCGACAGAAACUUCUGGGUGGGCAACGAUGCCUCAAGGCGAGGACUUCGGGGAAGCCUUUACAAUUCGACCAUUGCCGGAAGGGUAACAUCUUCUCCAAGCGUUGUCAACCUAGAGAGCGGGUUGCCGGUGUCAGGGUCGCCUUCACACACAAACAUUAUUCUCCAUGAAGGAAGGGUGUUCAGUUGCCCGAUGUACUUCGUUAUAUUAGGCACAUGGAUCCUCUACUACUACUGCUUCGACAUGUUCAUCAGCACUAUCGACGAUUACGCCACCGACAAGCAGAUGGGCUUCCUGAGAACGAUAUCUAUCCUGCCCAUACUCUCCACAACGGACAUCUUUGGCGGCGUCUGUCUUCCUGUCCUCGUCGACAAGGGACUACUAAGCCGGAGCGCUCUGCUCAGCACCACUUACCUAGGCCUCGGGGCCACCACAGCGCUUCUCCCUGUGAUGACAGCCGUCCUACCGUUCGUGGGCGUUUGCCUUGUGUUUGCCAUGUUUAUGGGCUCUGGCAACGCCAUGUACGGUGUUCUGCAGGCCGACUACAUCCGUCAGGAUCAACUACCAGUUUCGUACGGAACAGCAGACUUUUUCGCAGGCGUCCUGCUCAUAGCCAAGCCCUUUGUCAUAGGUGCCUUUGCCAAACUGCAGAACGAGAGUCAGUUUGCUGAAAGUAGAAACUGUGACGGCGUCGGAUGA